GUACCCAGACCUUUUGUUUCAAGACUAAUAUAUUGGGUCACAACGCUCUACAUGUAAAUUAUUAGUACUUAAAAUCCAACGAUAUUAUUCAUUGUUUCUUAUUCGAAUUCAUUAUAGUAUAUUAUGAAAUUUAUUCAAUAAUUAAGAUAUCAAAUCAUAUGAUUUCAUUGAUGCCAUUUUGUAUACAAUAAACCACUAACAGUUUUUCCAAUGCUUUGAAGUUAAUCUAUCAAAACCUUAAAACCUUGCAAGAACACUUUGAAUGUUAAUAACUCAAAAAGGCCACCAAAAUAUUGUACUAUAACCAAACAUUUGUUUCAUCUGACUAAAAUGACUAUAUAUUUCGCCUUAUAUGUUUUUACUGUGUAUUUUCAGUUAAUAAUCAGGUCGAUACUUUCAAAAAUACGGAGUGUGGAAUGUUAGCAGAUAUGAAAAAAGAUUUCCAUGAAGAUUUUCGAUUAUGAUAUCAUUUUGUAUUACCAUGAUUACAGCCAUACUAGAUUGGUGUGUUGUUUCUUGCAUUGUAUUCAUGAUAAAUUUGAUUUUUAUAUUCCCAUUUCUGUGUACGGAUUAAUGUACAGUAACCCUGAUUUCAUUUUUAUGUUACUAUUAUAUCAGAUUGAGAUUCUUCAUCACAAUGAUAAUCUCAUUGAACGUCCGUCUGCAUCACGUAAUCUCGCUCAGUUCAUCUGUAAGAUGAAUCAUCUGAAGAACCUCACACUCAAUGGUCAGUAUCAUGAUGACUUCUACUCAACAGCAUCGUCGAUGGCAUCAACUGCAAAGAUUGAGAUUCUUCAUCACAAUGAUAAUCUCAUUGAACGUCCGUCUGCAUCACGUGAUCUCGCUCUGUUCAUCUGUAAGAUGAAUCAUCUGAAGAACCUCACACUCUACGGUCAGUAUCAUGAUGACUUCUACUCAACAGCAUCGUCGAUGACAUCAACUACAAAGAUUAAGCGUCUUGAUAUUAAGUACAUUGAUCCCAGUCAACGUCAGUCCGCAUCACGUGAUCUUGCUCAGUUCAUUUGUAAGAUGCCUCAUCUCAGGGAACUUCGUCUCGAUGAUGGACACCACAGUCCCUCAUUUCAUGACGAGUUCUAUUCAAUGUUAUCAUCCUUAGCAUCGUGUGCAAAGAUUGAGCGUCUCGAUAUCAAAAACAUUGAUCUCACACAACGUCAGUCCGCAUCACGUGAUCUCGCUCAGUUCAUUUGUAAGCUGCCUCAUAUCAGGGGACUUUACCUCGGUAAUCAACUCUACAGUUCUUCAUUUCAUGACGAGUUCUAUUCAACGGUAUCAUCCUUAGCAUCGUCUGCAAAGAUUGAGCGUCUUGAUAUCAAUUACAUUGAUCUCGGUCAACGUCAGUCUGCAUCACGUGAUCUCGCUCAGUUCAUUUGUAAGAUGCCUCAUCUCAGGGAACUUUGUCUCGAUGAAGAAAUCUUCCUCUACAGAUACUCAUUUCAUGACGAGUUCUAUUCAAUGUUAUCAUCCUUAGCAUCGUGUGCAAAGAUUGAGCGUCUUGAUAUCAAUUGCAUUUAUCUCGGUCAACAUCAGUCCGCAUCACGUGAUCUCGCUCAGUUCAUUUGUAAGAUGCCUCAUCUCAGGAAACUUUACCUCGGUAAUCAACACUACAGUCCCUCAUUUCAUGACGAGUUCUAUUCAACGUUAUCAUCCUUAGCAUCGUCUGCAAAGAUUGAGCGUCUUGAUAUCAAUUACAUUGAUCUCGGUCAACGUCAGUCCGCAUCACGUGAUCUCGCUCAGUUCAUUUGUAAGAUGCCUCAUCUCAGGGAACUUUACCUCGGUAAUCAACACUACAGUCCCCCAUUUCAUGACGAGUUCUAUUCAACGGUAUCAUCCUUAGCAUCGUCUGCAAAGAUUGAGAUUCUUUAUCACAGUGAGAAUCUCAGUAAACGUCCGUCUGCAUCACGUGAUCUCGCUCAGUUCAUCUGUAAGAUGAAUAAUCUGAAGAACCUCAAACUAUACAGUCAGUAUCAUGAUGACUUCUACUCAACAGCAUCGUCAAUGGCAUCAACUACAAAGGAUGACUGCAACACAAGCUAUAAUGUUACUGAUCUGACCAUCAGUGAUGCGACACUAGAAGGAUGGCAGGAUUGUGUGUCGAUGUUUGACAAUGUGAAGAGGAUCAACAUACAGGUAUGGGGUAAGAUCAGAUGUGACGUCAUCCAGAGGAUCCAUCUACCAGCAGUGACAGAGCUCACCAUUCAAACGCAUGAGUAUACGUAUCGCCCGGCUUCUCUCCACGAUGAUCCCACCUCACUACCCAAUGCUCUCCACAAGGUCUCAUCUCAGCUUGUCAAGGUCACAUUCACAGAUCUCAACAUAGGUAACAACAAGACCGAACGCAUCAUUCAAGCUUUCAGAUCAACACCCGAUCUCAAACAUCUGAGGAUCCUAAGACUCAUACGAUGUGGGACUGAUGAGAGACUAGAUCGUCCUAGCAUUGAUUCCGAUGGUGAACACAAGAUAACGGUGGAGAUGGAACAUGGCAAACCAGUUUGGUGAAUCAUUCGAAUAAUAGGGUUGCAGCAUCCAGGAUCUGACAUCGAGUCUGAGGCUGAUGAAUCGGACGAUCUAAACAUUUAAAACUGAAGGACAGCUAGCAGCUAACAUGAAACGAAAUGGUUGUUUCGUUUCGGUAAUCUUAGCGUUUAAAUGAUUGUAACCCUAAAGAUGCUCCUACAGAAUCAAUAUAUUUCUAAACAGAGAAAAGAUAACUUUCAGCACGUUAUUCGUUAUACUGCUUCUAAAUGAAAAAUUGAAUUAUCAGCCUGAAAAUAAAAUAAUAUAUACAUUUGUCGACAUAAAGCUUAAAAUACAAGCCAAAGAAAAACCAUGAUAUGUAAAGUAUAAUAUUUGCCUCUAUCCCCGAUUCAGUGUUUUGUACUUACUUUGGGUACCAAUUCUACAAUACAAUUAGGGCAUGUGACAUUUUUGGCAUUACUUUGUUUGAAAAUUUAUGUUGUAUCAUGCUCAUUCAUAAUACACAUCUCAUGUCAUGCUAUAUAAUCCAUGCCCGUUCUACUAGUACAGACUUGCUCGCCUCUCUAGCUCUACAGAUAUCUCUUUUCUGCUCCAUUCCUUUCCCAUCUAGUUGUCCUUCAUAUGAAGAGUUUAGUUGCAGAAGGGGUUAGGUCCACGUUGGACCAUUCUGGGAAAAAACAUGUUUUUAUUCUCACUUAUUGCAAUAUUCUUAUGAGAAACUAAAUUGUCAUGAUGUACUACCAUACCAUGUGAACAUAAGAUUGGGUAUAAAAGAAAUCUACCUGUCUUCAAUUUUUGUCUAAAUAAUUCUUUAAAAAUUAUCAUUGUGGACCUUACCCCUUUUGCAAGUAAACUGAAAUGAAUGCAAUCUCUUUUGAUUAAAAAAGUGAUUUUUCUUUGCCAUUUUCAUUCACGUUAUCAUUUGAAUUUCAAAUUGUCUCUGGUAUUCAGAGUGACUAAAGAUUUAGAGGUUUAGAGACAG